GGAAUAGUUAUUUCUCUUGAAUGAUUUGAUGCUGGCCUUUCUCCUUACUCCUCUCCGUACUGCUCGGUUCUUCCCACCCUGCACUCUGCAUAUCACUGGUGCAGCCAUGGACGUCUCUUCUAUGUCCGCUAAGGCUUGCAUGUCGUCCUCCUUCACAGAUUCAUUUACGAACCAGCGGAGUAAGUUACCUGAAAGGUCCAACUUUAUGCUCUUUUAUUGUAGUACUGGAAGAACUCUUCGACCUUUACGAAGUCCAGUUGGACCGAAGAUUAGCCAUGCGAAGGUUGUGUGCAUUCAGAGGCGAGAAAUUCCUAUUGUUGAUGCCAGGUGCAUGGAUGAGAUAUAUGAUGCUUUGGCUGAACAUCUUGUUCCCACAGCAGCAGAUGCAGUGAAUUCCAGUUCAAAGCAUAUAGUUGGUUUGGCUGGUCCUCCUGGUGCAGGAAAGAGCACUUUAGCAUCAGAAGUAGUGCAAAGGAUAAAUAGAUUAUGGCCCCAAAAGGUUGGUCCAUUUGAUUCUCAAGUGGAGCCUGCAGAUGUAGCUACAGUCCUUCCAAUGGAUGGCUUCCAUUUGUAUCGAUCUCAGUUAGAUGCAAUGGAGAAUCCUGAAGAAGCUCAUGCUAGAAGAGGAGCUCCAUGGACAUUUGAUCCGAUGCUCUUACUUCAAUGUCUCCAAAACCUGAGGUCUCAGGGGUCAGUCUAUGCACCAUCAUUUGACCAUGGUGUUGGAGAUCCUGUUGAAGCUGAUAUCUUCAUAGGCAUUCAGCAUAAGAUUGUUCUAGUGGAAGGAAACUAUCUUUUUCUGGAGGACGGGGUCUGGAAGGAAGUGUCAUCCAUCUUCGAUGCUAAGUGGUUCAUUGAUGUUGACAUCGACAAGGCAAUGCAACGGGUCCUAAAAAGGCAUAUUUCAACUGGAAAGCCUCCAGAUGUUGCUAAAUGGCGGAUAGAGCACAAUGAUCGUCCCAACGCGGAGCUUAUCAUGAAAUCAAAGAAAAAUGCAGACUUAAUAAUCAGGUCAAUCGACAUGUAAACAUGAACUGUGGUUGUCUGCUGUAGUUGAGGGCGUAAAAUGGCAUGCCCAAGGUGAGUCGAUUGUCACAACUAUUUGUUGAGCAUAUAUGUAUAUACUUUUGCACAUAUGAAUCACAAUUAAAGGAUAUUGUUGAAGUGUGUCCUUGUAAUAAUGGAAUCUUAUUGUGUUCUUGAGAGCAAGAGUUUAUGCCUACUAAAUGAACAGAGUGUCCAUUGGCUCUAA